GUGAGACGUAGGAACAGGAGGAAUAUGGAGCAUGAAAGGAAAAGGAAAAUCUGGGAAAGAUGUACGCUGAAGCAGGACAUCAUCAAAGAGUUCCUGGCAGAGUUCCUGGGGAUCUUCGUGCUCAUUCUCUUUGGAUGCGGCUCGGUGGCCCAGACCAUUCUCAGUAAGGGGGCCCUCGGGGAGCCCCUGACCAUCCACAUCGGCUUCACCCUGGGGGUCAUGAUGGCCGUCUACAUGGCGGGGGGGGUGUCAGGAGCCCAUGUGAACCCUGCCGUGUCUCUGGCCAUGGUGCUCUUGGGCAAACUUCCCGUGAAGAAGUUCCCCGUUUAUGUGGCGGCUCAGUUUCUGGGGGCAUUUGCUGGCUCGUGUGCAGUUUAUGGGUUGUAUUAUGAUGCUUUGAUGGAAUAUACCAGUGGAGAGUUUUCUGUUACCGGUGUGAACGCCACGGCCAACAUAUUUGCAUCCUACCCUGCCAAACACCUCUCAGUCCUCAACGGCUUCGUAGAUCAGGUCAUUGCGACUGGUGCUCUGAUCCUAUGCAUCCUGGCCAUCACAGAUGGAAAGAACAUCGGCGCUCCAAAGGGAAUGGAGCCUCUGUGCAUCGGCCUGAUUAUCAUGGCCAUUGGCGUGUCCAUGGGACUGAACUGUGGCUAUCCCAUCAACCCUGCACGCGACCUGGGCCCGAGGUUCUUCACUGCUGUGGCCGGCUGGGGCAUGGAAGUGUUCAGAGCUGGAGGUUGCUGGUGGUGGAUCCCGGUGGCGGGGCCCAUGGUGGGGGGAGCGGUGGGGGCCGCUAUUUACUUCCUGUUCAUCGAGCUGCACCACGUGGAAGCUGAAAAACAGAAGGAGAACAACGUCAAGGACAAAUACGAAAUGAUAACGAUGAGUUAAAGAGGAAGAACGAGAGCUGCGAAACCACCGUUUUCCCCAUCUGACCUGCGCCCUGCAUGAAGUGAUGUUCUUCAUGGCUUCUCCUUCCGGAGGCUCCACAUGUCGGUCAUGUUUCAAUACAACACAUGUUCGAUACAAGACUGCCAGUGUUAGUAACAUGAAUUACCUCAAUAGCUGUACACUUUGAUUUUAAAGUCAUUAUCAAAAUAUGCAUGGACGCUUAUCAAGCACAGAUAUGAUGAAAUUUAAACACGCUUUUUUAUACUUUGUCUAUAUUUCUGAAAAUGUGUAUUCAGUCUGCACUGUGUAUUAUAGUCUAG